AUGAAUACGCUCAGAUAUUGCUUCUUUGCUGUCCUGAUUCUCAGUGUUUCGCUUCCGUUUGUUUUCUAUGCUGUCAAGUUGCGUGCACAAAUACCUCUUAGGAGGCUGAACUUCUCGGUGAGCUCAACGUUAGCAGAAGCCUGUAAAGCACUAGUUGAAGAUAAGGCGCCCUUCCUGAAGGAAAACGCUUUAAAAACAUCAUUCAGAGAAUCCAGCUGCACGGAGUACAUCACACAGAACCGCUACAUCACCCGUGCACUCUCAGCCGAGGAGGCAGCCUUCCCCAUCGCCUAUGUCAUGACCCUGCACAAGGAGUUCGAGACCUUCGAGCGGCUCUUCCGCGCGGUCUACAUGCCCCAAAACGUCUACUGCGUCCACGUGGACGCCAAGGCGCCGGCCCCCUUCCAGCAGGCGGUCCGGCGCCUGGUGGGCUGCUUCCCCAACGCCUUCCUCGCCUCCCGGGUGGAGCGGGUGGUCUACGGCGGCGUGUCCCGCCUGCGGGCCGACCUCCAUUGCAUGGCAGACCUGCUGGCCUCGGCUGUGCCCUGGCGCUACCUGCUCAACACCUGUGGCCAGGACUUCCCCUUGAAGACCAACCGGGAGAUCGUCCGGCUGCUGAAGGGCCUCGGGGGGAAGAACGUCACCCCCGGGGUGUUGCCGCCCCCCCACGUCGUCGCCCGCACCAAAUACGUGCACAGGGAGCAAUCGUACUCUUUCUUUUCUUUCAUGCUCUGGACGUUCGUGCGCAAGCCGCCCCCGCCACACAACAUCACCCUCUACUUCGGCUCCGCGUACGUGGCCAUCACCCGGCCCUUCGUGGAGUUCGUGCUGCGGGACCGGCGCGCCGUCGACCUGCUGGCCUGGUCCGAGGACACCUACAGCCCCGACGAGCACUUCUGGGUGACGCUCAACAGGAUCCCGGGUGUCCCAGGCUCCAUGCCCAACGCAGCAUGGGAAGGUGACCUGAAAGCAGUGAAGUGGAUUGAUAUGGAAGAGAGCCAUGGAGGUUGUCAUGGCCAUUAUGUCAGAGGCAUUUGUGUAUAUGGAACAGGUGACCUCAAGUGGCUUUUUAACUCCACCUCUAUGUUUGCAAAUAAGUUUGAGCUUAAAACAUAUCCCCUGACUGUGGAGUGCCUGGAGCUGAGACAUCGGCAGAGAACCUUGUUGCAGAGUGAGGUUCAGGUGGAACCCAGCUGGUAUUUUUAG